AUGUUUCUGUGUCCAUCUCGGUCUCAGUCCGUUUCCCCCUGUCCAUCUCGGUCAGUACGCCUGUCCAUCUCGGGUUCCACGCCUUUCUCGGUCCGCCUGUCCAUCGGUCAGUUCGUUUCCAUCUCGGUCGCCUGUCUGUUUUGUUUUCCCUGUCCAUCUCGGUCCCGUUUCACGCCUGUCCAUCUCGGAAAUAAUUUCCGCCUGUCCAUCUUGGUCUGUUUCCUGUCCAUAUCGGUCCGUUUUCACGCCUGUCCAUCAUGGUUCGUUUCGGUCCGUUUUCCGCCUGUCCAUCCAUGCCGGUCCGUUUCCACGCCUGUCCAUCUCGGUCAGUCUCCGCCUGUCCAUGAAAAGUUUCCCGCCUGUCCAUCUCGGUCCGUUUCACGCCUGUCCAUCGGUUUUUUCCACGCCUGUCCAUCUCGGUUCGUUUCCACGCCUGUCCAUCUCGGUCCGUUUCCACGCCUGUCCAUCUCGGUCCGUUUCCACGCCUGUCCAUCUCGGUCUGUUUCCACGCCUGUCCAUCUCGGUUCGUUUCCACGCCUGUCCAUCUCGGUCCGUUUCCACGCCUGUCCAUCUUGGUCUAUUUCACGCCUGGUUUCCUUCAUAUGUUCAUCUUGCUGCUAUCUUUUAAUUCUGCUUGCACCGUCGCUAAUCCACCAAACUCUUGAAAUCCAAGCAUUUUAUUUGUGCCACAAUUUCAUAUCUUUUCUUCUUAAUCAUUUUUUCUCCCUCUCUCUCUCUCACAUUUUUACUCAUUUCUCUCUAUCUAUUUUUUUAACUUUUAUAAGUUUCUCUUUCUCUAUAUUAUCUUCCUCUCUCUCUGUUUAA